AUAACGGACAAACAGCUAACGAAAGCUCCGCGGCGCAGGGAAGUAACUCCUCCUCGAUAAAAAGCUCUCUGUAGCAUCAAUAAAGUAAUGAGGUAGAUAGUCUGACAGCUAGUUACACUAACCCUUGAUGUACCAGACUGGCGUUGCCUCAGUGAAAAUGGACCAGGACUUUGAAGGCAUAGACUCCGAGGGCCGGUGGCAAAAACUCUACCUAGAAAUCAGGAAUCAGUCCCACGAGUGCGCCUACAAAGUGGCAAAAUAUCCAGAGAAUCGCAACCGCAACAGAUACAGAGAUGUCAGUCCGUUUGAUCACAGUCGGGUGAAGCUGGAAAGUACAGAAAAUGACUACAUCAACGCAAGUCUGGUAGUGAUGGAAGAAGCCCAGAGAAGUUACAUAUUGACUCAGGGUCCCCUCAGGAACACCUGUGGCCACUUUUGGCUCAUGAUCUGGGAGCAGAAGACCAAAGCAGUCAUCAUGCUCAACAGGGUAAUCGAGAAAGGCUCGGAAAAGUGUGCCCAGUACUGGCCCACGUCUGAGGAGCGAGAGAUGGCCUUCAGAGACACACGUUUCUUGGUCACGCUGUUGUCAGAAGAUGCCAAGUCCUACUACACCACCAGAGUGUUGGAGCUGCAGAAUAUUAACACCGGGGAGAAGAGAGAGCUCUACCACUUUCAUUACACCACGUGGCCUGAUUUCGGCGUCCCAGAAUCCCCGGCGUCCUUCCUAAACUUCCUCUUCAAGGUGCGGGAGUCGGGUGCGUUGGGACCAGAUCAGGGGCCAGCUGUGGUGCACUGCAGUGCCGGGAUCGGACGCUCAGGGACGUUUUCGUUAGUGGACACAUGUCUGGUCCUGAUGGACAAGAGGAAAGAGCCCUCAUCAGUGGACAUCAAAGGCAUUCUUUUGGACAUGAGGAAGUACCGCAUGGGCCUGAUCCAGACUCCUGACCAGCUGCGCUUCUCCUACAUGGCUGUCCUCGAAGGAGCCAAGUACAUCAUGGGAGACUCGUCUGUACAGAAUCAGUGGCGGGAGUUGUCCAGGGAAGACCAGGAGCCGGCGACUGACUCUCCGCCCUCAGCUCAGCCUCAGGCCAGGUGUACGACAGAGCGGUACAACGGCAACCAGCGAGGAGGACAGCUAGACGAGGGAGGAGACUACAGGCAGGACAGCAAAAUACCCUCACAGUCUCCCUGCAAGGAACAGGAGCUGGACGGCAGCUCAGCACACAAGCGACGCAGAGAAGACAGCAUCUCCAAAUCAGGCACACCUAAGACACCCCAAAGCAAGCCCAGGACGAACGACUCAGAGAAAAAGAGAAAAAGGGCGAAAACCAGUGACUGCUAACCACCUCCACCUGCAGCCACGUGUGACUACAGCUCUGGCAGCAACGCCAACAUCGGCAGGGAUCUCCAGCUCUCUCUCCCAACCUCUCUGUGUCCUUCUUCCUCAACUCCAAACCACUCUUCCUCACCUCUACACUGCGACAGCCAGCUAACCCCCCCCUUCCUCUCUUCUUCAUGUUUUUUUGUUGUUGUUAUAUAUUUUGUUCCAGCUUGAUAGCAUUAUCCAGCUGCUGCACACGCCCUCUUCUUCCUCUCAUUAGCAGCAUGUCACUCCCGCGUCCUUGCUCUCCUCAUUUCUCGUCAUCCUCUCUAAACUGUUUACAGCAGACACUUCGACAUUCUUUGAAGAGAGCACAUUUGAAAAGACAAACACACCAGCGCUUUAACACACCCACCCCUUGGCUACACCUCCACCAUCGCCUGCGCUGCUUCUGGAGUCAGCAAAUCUGUUUUUUUGAUUUUAACAUUAUUAUUUUGCUUCUUUGCAUUCAUGAAAUCGAGACUGAAAAUAGUGGCUAUGCAUUGCCAAUUUGUAAUGCUCAUAUGUUCAUAUGUGUAUUUUUAGAAAAAAAAACUUUUUUCAGAGGCGAAAAAUAAAAAUGUUCUAUUUUUUAUAAGAGAUUACUUGAAGUUUUUCACCGUGAUACGGGCGGCUGGGUCAAAUGAAAAGCACUGCCCCCUUCCCACAUGAGAAAUUCAGUGGCACGUAAUAUUUCCAUGAUGUAAAUAGUGUUUCUUUUUUUUUUUUUAAACAAAAAGGUGUGUAAAAAGACAUAUUUUUUGCUUGUAAAAAACCAAACAAAUGACGAAAGAGAGAAAAUGUUACAGAUUUGAUUUAAAAAAAAAAAAAGCUGACCUGUUCUUUUGAAAUGAAGUUUCUCUUCUCUUAGAGUGUAAUCUACAAAUAAAACUGGUAUCAUCUAGUUUACUUAACAACACGUCUUUGCCCUUUUUCUGCCUACUGCACAACAUCUGUGACGAAAGUAUUUAAUGCUAAUUUAAAGCAUCAGUUUGACAUUUUGGGAAAUAUGUUCAUUUUCUUGCAGAGUGAAAAUGUGCUACCUUUAGAUCAGUGGUGUCAA